AUCCUUAUUUAUCGGAAUCGAGGAAGCAGAGUCGCGAGGUCUGGCUUUGGAGAGCGAAACCCUAGAGAAGAGAAGAGGCGACAGAGGCGAGAGAAGCGAUGAGGAAGUUUGAUCCGUGGCCGGUGUUCUUCAGGAGGGAGUUCAACCGCAACUGGCCCUUUCUCGUUGGAUUUGUCGUCACCGGAGCCAUCGUCAUCAAGUUCACCGCUGGCCUCACUGAGGAGGACGCCAAGAACUCUCCAUUCGUGCAGGAGCACAACCGGAAGUGAAAACUAUCACAGUCGGUACAUGGGGCUUGGUUGCUGCGUCCAGCGAUGCAAUCAGUUGGUCUUCUUGUCUUUGAUGUUCAUUUCUUGAAGCUUGUUUAGGUCCUUUUUGAUGAGCCCUACUUUCCAAUGUCAGAUGAACAUUCUCUGAACGAAAAAUAAGGCUUGCCUUGCUGUUGAGCCAGUUGUAUCUGCUUUAUUAAGCACAAGAAUAUAUACUUUUUCCCUCACCCAUUUCUUUGUUUAUGGAACAAUUGACAAACGAUGGAGUUGCUGAAAUAUUCCAUUACCAAGCUUAUCCAUUCUUAUUUAUUGUAUUUUCA